UAAUGAUGGCAUACAUACAUCGCCAUAUAUGCAUUCUAUUUGCCUACGGUAAAAAUAUUAUAUUCUUAGACAUUUAAUUUAAAUAGAUUAUGAAUCUUGUUUUUUUCAAACUUUUUUGUAUUCUUCUGUCAUAAUGCUCAAUACGUCGAAUUAGCUGUGACAGCUCGCAUCUUGUAAUAUGUCGCUUUAUAUUGUUCCCUACUAACUCUUUUCGUACACAAGAACGUAUUCACUGACGGGAAAUGAUGCGAAUAAUGCUAACGGUACUGGCGCUGGAGGCGGUGACCGUAGCGGGUGCACUGUACAGGAGCAACGGCAGCCGCUAUGGUUUUUUCCGUAGCAUGGAAGGGUACAGCCGGCGCGAGGGCGGGGGUACCCGGCGCGUGUUCGGCGGCGAGGCGGCCGAGCUGAGCGCGUUCCCGGCGGCGUGCGCGCUGCUCGACCGCUACUGGACGGCGCGCUGCUCGGCGGCGGUGGUGGCGCCGCGCUGGGCGCUCACCGCCGCGCACUGCGUGUCACCGCGCCUCGCCUACGUCAAGUACAACUGCCGCCGUCCCGCCUCCGCUGACGGCGACGUCGCCGCCGUACACUACCUCUAUCGGCACCCCGGGUACAAAGUAGUUCAUGAGGUCGUGGGCCGCGGUACGGACGUGACGUUGCUGCACCACGACAUCGGGCUGGUGCGCACGCGCCGGGACAUGGUGCUCCGCGGCCGCGACGCGCCCCACCUGCGCUCCCUGCACCUCUACAAUAGCCUCGAUCUCACAGAUAAGGAAGUACAGGUGCUGGGUUUCGGUCGCACGGAGUGGUCACUACUGGGCGAGGAGCUGUUUUCGGUGCGGCUACGGCUGGCAGCGUGCGAGCGCGGCGCGUGGCUCCACUGCGCGUGCGGCGUGGCGGCGGCCCGCGAACCGCGCGGCGUCUGCGCAGGAGACUCGGGCGGGCCCGUGCUCUACAGUGGCGUGCAGGUCGGGGUGACGUCGAUGGGCCCGCUAGAGUGCGUGAACAGGGCAGGUCCGCAGCCGGACUUUUCUGCUACGAGCGUGUUCACGACGGUGUACAACUAUGCAAGUCUUAUAAACGCUACUAUCUUAAAUACGGAGAACGAGCUAAGAAUGCGCGAGAUAGGGGUCGCGAGCCGCCGCGCGAGCAACGCAACGCUAGUGCUAGUAGCGGUAUUGGCUUUACUACGAGUAUCAGCGCGGUGACCGAAUACUUACAUACUCGUACUACUGAGUUGGUUUAACGUCAGGUGCGCACUGUUCACCCGGCAAGCGACCAGUGGUUGUUGUGUCGAAUCAAUCAUGAGAUGUGACAGCUAGCUGAUUUGUUAAGUCGACAGAGUAGUUGCGACUACCUAUUUGUAACGUCAAAUUAACUUUUUUCUAUCUUUUAUUCUUAUUUGUGCCAGGUUUACAACUAUGUAGGUACAGAAAAAUGAAUGUCAAUCGAUUUAAUU